UGGCCCGUGCUACCGAUUUUUUUAACGCCCAACGAGGACAAUAGAUGGCGGCAACUCAUUAUAUCCUUCAAGCACGCGGCUCCACUACUAACCGCGCAGGGAGCAUCAUUGACCUUAGUUCUUUAUAUAAGCUGCUACCUGCGCGUGUGGGUGCAGUGUAGGCUGAGCUGAAGCCCGUGCGAAACACCCUCCUCCACGUUUCACUCGCCUGCUCCCUCCGCCGAGGACGCCGCUGCGGUUCAUGCAGACUAUCGCGCUCCAAGCAGUGGAUCAAGAGGAAGCGAUGCCUGUGGGGUAAAGACGACUCUGCUCAUUUGAUUUCCUUCGCCAAGCAAACCCGCACGCGUUCCAGCAGCAGCAGCAGCGGCUCGAGUCUACCUGUGGCAGUUUGGGCGGGAAACAGAAGCGCGUGCGACGCCGUUAGAGCAGCUGAGGCGCUGAACUCAAAACUUUCCCGGGAUACACGUGCAGCCUGUCGGCGGAUGAGUGCAGCAGCUGGGCUCCGGAGCGGCGGAGAACACGCGAAGGGGAAGACAACGUAGUGAACGAUGAAGUCUGCAGGGGUUGGAAAUGGUGGACUCUUCACAGAGAGCUACUGCAACAUCUGCAAUGCCCAGCUCAUCUCUGAAUCACAACGUGUUGCACACUAUGAGAGCAAGAAACAUGCCAACAAAGUACGUCUGUUCUACAUGCUUCAUCCGGAGGAUGGUGGUCCGCCCUCUAAAAGACUGAGACCAGACAACCCGGACAGUGCUGAGAAUGAGGUGGACAGGAACAAAUGCUGCACACUCUGCAAUAUGUUCUUCACAUCUGCCAUCGUGGCUCAGUCGCACUACCAAGGCAAAACACAUGCAAAGAGAGUACGCCUGGUGCUCGGAGAGCAGCCCAGCUUAACCACCCCCACAGACACAACCCCAACAACCCCUCAGCCCACAGAUCCUCCUGCACUGCCUCCACCCUCGUGGCCCCCAAUGGGCAACAAUGGAGAAGCAGGCAAGUACUGUUGCCUAUGUGGCGCCUGGUUCAACAACCCCUUGAUGGCACAGCAGCACUACGAGGGCAAGAAGCACAAGAGGAAUGCAGCACGGGCACGGCUACUGGAGCAGCUGGCGGGUAGUCUGGAUGCCACUGAGAGCACGGGUCUGCGUAGUAGUUACUCAUGCAGCAUGUGCAACGUGGUGCUGAACUCUAUUGAGCAGUAUCAUGCACAUCUCCAGGGCUCCAAGCACCAAAACAACCUGAAACAACAUCAGCAAUGAAAAACAAUCGUGGAUGAAGCUCAGAAAAACAAAGGAAAUUGAUGUUCCUGAGAACUUUUGGAGCUGCACAGACGUUUAAAGGACACCUGGGACAGGGCAUCUAUUUGUUUGUCCUUGAGAUUCUUAAUAUCCUGGAGGUUUCUCGACCGUUGUGUGCUUUAUAUUUCUAUUCAAGAUCAAUGGUUAAACCAACAGUCAUAAGCUGGGAAUACACACUGUCCUCCUCUGUGACUAAGUAUGACCCUAAAGUAAAUGGAUGUCAGUUAAUGUUAUAACAAUGACUAUGACAGUCAUCGCAUAAUUUAACAGCACCAGCCUGAUAAGACAGGGUCAUACUACUUGAGUAUUUUCUUGCAUCUUCAAAGUCUUGUGUGCAAUGAUGAUCUGUAAUAUGUUAACCCACUCUGCUCCUCAAACCUCUGAGCACUGCUUUGGUGGAUCACUCAGGCAUGCCAAGCUGGAACAGGUACGAAGAAGAGGUUGUCAGUCAUCUUAGUGGCUUUGUCUCGUCAGGUAAUUGUCCUGCUUGUGUCCGAAUGCUGCCAGUGAUGAGUUGAUUAGACUACCUUUAUGUAAAAUUCAUCUUGGCCUUUAUGUGGCGCUGCGGUGAGCAGAGCAAGGACUUCACACAGGCCUCAGUGCUUUCUCUAUAAACAACACCUAUUAAAGAUUAAAGAUUACCAACAUCUACAUGAGAAAACAUUCCUACAGAUUUCUGCUAGAAAGAUAUGGAACCACUGGCUAUGCACAGCUCUGAUGUAUUACAAGACCUGUACAGAUUCAUCACUAGCAGCAAGUCUUUUCCUUUCUACUGGUAUUGAAAGGCAGCCUGAUUGCCCCAGUAUGUAUAUUGAAUCAAUUAAUUUGUUGGUUUAGUUUCAAAACCUUUUUUUUUUUUAAGCAUCAUUUCAAAAUGUCAGCUUCCCUUUAUAGUGUGUGAACAUUGUGUGAAGAACGGACCAUUGGAAAUAGUCCAAAAUGACAAAGAGAAUCUUAUAUUAAAUAUAACCAACCUUUUAUCAACAAACAAACAAAAAAAAAUAUCACAGCAUUGAUGUCAUUCAUGUGUACGUCCACAGUUAUUUCUGUUAGAGUAAUGAUGGCGUUAAUGUUUAUAUCUAUGCCAAAAGAACUUCCUGUAAAACAGCUCAAUGCCUUUGUCUUUUUUCCUUCAAAUGGGACAGGACUUUGCAAGUUAGGUAAUAUUUAUGCAAUUCAAUUUUUAAUAGCUAUGUCUAGGGGUUUUUUUUUUUUUUUGGAAAGUUUUGUGUAAAUGAAGUCCCUGAUUGCUACAAUAAAAUGAGAGUAGACUUUAGAUGCAGUUUGAACUGUUUGCCGCUCUCUAAAUAAUUUGUGGUUCAAUUUAAUCUCUUUGGCUUUAGUGAAGUAUUUGUUUAACUAGCCAUCAAAUCCAAGGGAAACCACACUUUUUCAUGGGUUUGUGUAUUCAUGCCAGAGCCCUUUGAUGUUUCAGUAAAGGUGGUGGUUGCAAAACCACAAAGCAAACUCUUUUCAAUGCAUGGCUGAAUACUUGAAAGUUGCCAUUCACACUAAAUGGCAAGCAUGGACAAUUGUGAGCUGUAGCAGGGUUUAGGAUUGAGAGAAUGCCAUUCAGAGAGCACAGCUUAACUGACUGCUUUCUACGGGCAGACAUUCCUUCAACAACAUGGCACCGGGACAGAGGGCCUUACACUGGCAACAUGAGGAUGCUAUCAACUUGGUUUUCAUUAAGUUCCACCUAAUCUAAUCUCAAUCUUCUGCUGUUCAUAUUGUGAUGUUCAUCAUAUGGAAUGCCAUUUCAAACGAACACACACCACAAAAAUGUUGUGUAUUUGGUAAUGGUUAUAGUGUGGUGUGGGUUAAAGAAGGUUUAUAGGUCACAGAAUAUAUUCUGUAUAUGAAAUGCAUAGGACACUACAGGUGCGCUGAGAGGCUUAUUUAAGUAAAAAACAUGAGAAAUAAUAAUGCAGGUGUUAUUUUUUUCUGAAAAUAGAAAUGGUGAGAAUGUUAUGAUGUGUGCACAUUUGUAAAUACACUUGAUAUCUAUUUUCUCUUUCAAACAAAAAUGUCGUCUGAUUAUUUUUCCUUUGCUAGAUCGCUCAGCUAUCAGCAUCUUUUUUAUGUGUGUCUUAAAAAUGUUUGUACUGAAAUUCAUACGUUAAUUCAUCAAUGGUCAAAUAUGGGACAUAACACAGAAUUUCAGCCUUGAUCUGAGCUGCAGGGAUCAAAUGGAUGUGUUACUGUGUAGUAUCCCUCCAAAGUAAAGCAGCAAGGGCAGGAUUUGUACAGUAUCUUCUUCAUCCAAGGCUCCAUGCUGCUCUUAUCCUGGUUUAAAAAUCUUGCUUAUGCUCAAAGGGUCAGUGACAGCUGUGUAAAGAACUGGAGAUCAGAGAUACCCCUCAGUGGAUAAAUAUAUCCUCACUUUGCUCUUUAAGGCUAACCUACUUGUUCAAAACAUUGAUCACUAGAUCACUUUGUCUUGAUCUCAGAAGUCAAACCACACACCAGGAUAUUUAGCUGUGACUGCAGUGCACCAUCAGUGCAGAUAAUAAAUCAGAAAGUGAUUGAGUGGAGGCGUUCCGCUACUUCAGAUGUGCGUGUUUGCUAAAGGAAUGUUUUAAGAGUACCGUAAAAAUGCACAUCAAUGAGCCAUAACAUUAACACCCUGUUUUUACAGUCAGUUAUUGUCCAUUAUAUCAGCUCCACUUACCAUAUAGAUGCACUUUGUAGUUCUACAUUUACAAAGUAGCCCUUCUGUUUCUAUGCAUACUUUGUUAGCCCCCUGUCACCCCAUUUUCAAUGGUCAGAAUCACCACAGAGCAGGUAUUACUUGGGUGGUGGAUCAUUCUGAGCACCGCAGUAACACUGAUGUGGUGGUUGUGUUCUAGGGUGUGUUGCACUGGUACAAGGUGAUCAGACACAUCAGUGCUGCUGGUGUUCAAAAAAAAAAGUGUCACUGCUGGACUGAAAAUAGUCUACCAAGUAAAAGUUUCCAGGAAGCAGCAUCCUGUGUUUACUAAUGAAGGACUAGAGGUUGAUCAACACAAACUGCUAUGGUCUCUCACUUUACAUCUACAAGGUGGACCAACAAGGUAGGUGUGUCUAAUAGAGUGGGCAGUUUGUGGACACAGUGCUUAAA